CCCCCUUUUAUUUUCAUUUUAUGUUUUGAAGACUUUGAAUUUGAAGGAGGUCCAAAAAUAUGAUGACAAGUCUUUUGUGAGGCAAGCAGACAGGAAAACGAACUGUCGCUUGGUGUGUGAGACGACGUCUGCCACCUGCUUUGGACAAAAUGUGAACUGGUACUUGUGCUAUCAAAGGUUUUUAUAAAACAUUUAAAGUUUAUACUCAGAGGUAAUGUUAUUUGAUUAUAUAAUACAUUUUAAGAUGUACAAAUCCUGCUUCGGUCAGCCAGAAAGCUAGAGAAAGAAAUGGCCUGUUUUCCUGGGAUGUUUUACUGUGGCAAAAAUCAGCGGAUGCUUUCUGAAAAUGUAGAUUUGAAGUACAGUGGUGAAACUCAUUAAAUGUGACAUUUAAAGAAAAACAGGUUUCUGUUUUAUUUAUUUUUUUCUUUUUCAAAUGCCCCCCUCCUCUUCCUCAUUUAACCUUUUUUCACCGUAGUUUUCAGCUGCCACCUAGUGGUUUGAUGGUGUUUUACACGUGCGGCCAGUAAUUCAUACGCAAUAAAUCGAUAAAUCUGUAUGAAACAACAAGGUGGGAAAUGCUAUUUUCAAGCACAUCUCGGAAGAUGUCUGCGGGCCAAAUCAUCUCAGACUGGAUUCCUAACUGUUUGUUGCUUUGAGCAUCUACUGAGAUGACCACCAAGUCACACUGAGUGAUUUUAAUAGCAGAUCAAUGAUGUUUUGAGAUUUUGGUACAUUCUACUUGACAUCCACGCAUUUUGUAAUGGUGCUCCCUGCAUGACUGAUUAGUAUAAUAUGAUUUAUUCAUCCAUAAUCAUACAGAGAGAACAAGAAUACAGAUUAUCUCCAUGCUCUUGAUUGACUUAAAAGACCAGCACUAGCAUGUAAUGCAAUUCUAGUUGGUCAUGAUUUGAUUUUAGUCAUUUUAACCAGCGCUGUGUGUGGGCAGCAGGCCUUUGUGAGAGGCUCUGUCGUGCCUUCUGUCAUGUCAUGCCUUUCUUAACUGAUUGCGAACAUUGUUUAGCUUUCAGCUGCGUGAUUUAACAUGCAUCCAUGCGUGGUCUAAAAGGUGGUGGUUCUUUUGGAAGCUACUGAAUUCACGUGACUUAUUGUACUCUGGAAUCCCUCUAUCUCAAAGGUAAGCUUUGUGUGGGUGGGUAUGAGUAAAGCCCUUUUUUAAAUCCAAAAUGUUAUGUAAUAUCUAAUCACUACUUCUGGUCAAGAUCACGUGACACCGCACGAGGCGUGAAUAAACUCAGAAUGGAAAAUUAGAAGUACCGUUUCUAAUUUGUGGUUUGAUCGUUUCACUAAAUUAAUAGCCAGUUUGUUUAUCAUCAGGUUUUGUCUCUAAUACUGGUUUAAAUAUGUAAAAGAAAUAACGAAUUAUGUCAAGUAUUUACUGUUAAAUGUGUGAUAUUGAGAAACACAAUUAGGCCUAAUGUAUUUAAUUCAUCCAGUAAAGAGCUGAGCAACAAAUUUCAGAAUUACCAUGAAAAAAAUAAUACUUGGAAUACCUGGAUUUCAUCGAGUUUCCCCCUUGGUGCCAAUUUUAGUCGUGAAAGAGUGUUCUUUUUAAAUGUAAAAUUAAAUAGCCACGAACCACAUUGUUUAAAAUUGUAUUUGUCUUUCAGCCCAGAAAUACCGAUUCAACGUUUGAAAUGAGGUUUUUCAACAAUGUCCCUGGGACAGCUUUCUCUACUUAAUCCCCUUUUUGAAUUUGACCUUUUGUAAAUGAGGCUGUCCUAGAGCCAAUGUGAAAGGCAACUGUUUUUUCCCUUAGAAGGCGAACUUACAAAGAACAAGAAGACGUGUAAAAACUCACCUGCGAGUUUGGGGGGAUCCUGUGGGAAAAGCCAUUGAUAGGAUGGUUGAGUCACCCCACAGGAGCGCAUCCAGGGGCGGUUUCCCCGGGCCGGCGCACAUGCUGUCACUUUUCUCCGCAUGCCCACAAAGAGAGCAUUCAUGCACGCCAGAAACGGGACCUUUUGCCGGCCUGGGAAGACUGGUUUGUGGGCCGGCCAGCUGGACGCCCUUGACUCGCUGGGCAGCGCAUGAGAGCGAUCGGUCCAGAUGGCAGGCAGUCAACACCUCGCGUUUGACAGCACAAUUAUUAAACCAGGAAUGAAUGUCACGAUGGUGGAAAAGAGGGGAUUCCUCACAAAUCGUAAUUCUGCUUUUAGAAAUUACAGCUUGUGCUCAAUAUGUGACCGAUCCACAGAAUGAGGGAGUUGGGUGCACAGUGUAAUUGGCCGGGGGUAGAUUUUUCAGGUCCCUAUUAUAUUUAGUAAUAUCAGUACUUCAUAAAGUGCUAAAUGAAUCGGAUGUAUAGAGCAGUAGAUUUCAGGCGUCCAACGCACAUAUUUAUAUACCAAAACUAGAACACAUGAUGCAAUAAAGGAAUGACUAUAUGUAGACAAAUAUGUCAGUGGAAUGGAGAAUUUAAGUACUAUAGCCAAUAAGAAACAUUUGACACCACCAUUAAUAUGUGCUCAUUGUCGCUGUUCUCCGAAUUCGUAUUACAAAGUUUUUCGAAUUAAGGAUGGAUGUGUGUGCAUUAAGUGUUCAUUUUCUUAUUAUUAUAAGCUGGGUAAUUUUAUAAGAAUGUAUUCUCAGCUAAAAGGAUUAUAUUUGGCUAAAUAGAUCUGUGAUCGCCUAGGAACCAUGUAUCUUUUAAUGUUUCCUUCAGUGCCAGCUGCUGGUGCACAACGCUUCGGUAACGCAGAAAGGAGCUUCGGCGGCUGUCCAAGUGUUUUAAAAAGUAAGCGCCGGCAUGUCUCCUCUGCCAGGCGCCGAGAUGGUCAGGACGCCGGUCCACCUGUACCGGUACCUGCUGCGGUGCUGCAGGCGCCUGCCCUCCCCGAUCGUCCAGCAGCACUACCGGCACGCAGUGAGACAGGGUUUUAAUAGCCAUGUGGAUGAGGAUGACCCUGAACGCAUCCGGCAAAUAAUUAAACGGGCCAUAGAAGACGCCGACUGGGUCUUGAAUAAAUAUGAGAAAGAAUGAAGAGGUGUUGACGAAGAAGAUGGUGCGCAGUGUGUGGUUCAGUGGGCUAAGGCUUUGCAUGACCAGAAGGUCCUUGGUUCAAGCCACGUCUGCAGGCCCUUAAGCAAGGUCUUUAACCCCCAGCUCCCUGGGCGCUGCUAUGGAUGGCUGCUCUUCGCGGCCAGCUGGCUCUCACCUACAGAGAGCAAGUUGGGGGAAGUGUCAAGAGAAUUUCCCCAUGGGGAUCAAUAAAGUAUCGAUUAUUAUUAUUA